CAAGAAGCAAAGGAUGCUUCAAGAUCCUAUACGGAGUCUCGACAGCAAUGUCGAAAUUGUCUGAGUCGUAGACCUAAUCUCCGCGAGUAUGAUAUCGGAUGCCGUGGGCCGUCCGGUUGGCAACAACGUGCCCACUGCCAUUGCACUCGUUCUCGCAUCGUUCUCAUUGUACUGCAUAAUAAUGUUCUCAACUCAUCUGUUUGCAUCCGGGCUGCAUCGGAUUCAAGUCCACAUUGUCGUCUUCACUGCUACACUUUGCGUUCAUAGUUCACACGUGCUAUUUUUCGUCGUGAGACUGUAUCUAGGCUUUACUUCAUUAACACAAGCUCCCCGCACUCCAUUCAUACCGAUGACCGGGAAACAGACUCAUUGCCUUAUCAGCUAUCUCGGCUUCCACUCACUGGCAUCACGAAUCGUUGCCGUUAACUCAAUAUUUGCUACUCCUGUCUAGCUCCUUGCGCCCCAUCCGUUAUUCCCUUCAUACUUUAUUCGUUUUCACAAACAUGAUUUUCCCCAUUUACUGGAGUCAAGUCUGGAUUGCAGACGUCAUGAUGGUUGUGUCCUGC